AUGAAGGACGGAGAAAGCAAAGAAUUCUCCACAGAAGAGGCUGAUCUUCUUGAGAGGAGUAUUCGUAGAUCUAAAGAACAAGAAGGAAGGAGUGUUGUUUCUUAUAAAGAUUCUCUGUUACAUUUAAAUGGAGGGUCAAGUGAAGAGAAGGAGACAGAGGUUCUUGAGAACCUAGGAUUUGAGGAGGAUGAAGAAUCACAGUUCAUGGAAGAGUGCAACCAAUCUGUUGAUGAUCCCUUCUGCCCCUCAUAUCGUUUUGAAAAGGAGAUUCACAAAGAAAGCUGCAAACCUUGGAGGAUGGCAGUUAUUGUGAAACUUUUAGGAAAGCGUGUGGGGGUGAAGUUUUUUCAAAAUAGGUUGUUGAAGAUGUGGAAUUUAAGCGGCUCUUAUGAGUUCAUUGAUAUGGAGAAUGAUUAUUUUUUAUUUCGGUUUGACAAGAUUGAGGACUACAAUUUUGUUUUGCAAGAGGGUCCUUGGAUUGUAGCUGAUCAUUAUGUAAUGGUUCAACGUUGGCGUCCCUUCUUUAACCCUCAUGAUGAUGAUUUCAAGAAGCUGGCUGUAUGGCUACGUAUUCCAGGUCUCCCAAUUGAAUUCUAUACGUCUAAGCACCUAUGUAACAUAGGUAAUCUUUUCGGGAGAACACUCAAGAUUGAUAGGAAUUCAAUUCGGAAAGAUAUCAUAGGAGAUAAGGAGUUCACAGAUCGAGCAAAAUUUGCCCGUAUUUGUGUGGAAGUUGAUCUUCGAAAAGGAUUCCUGUCUAAAUUCAAAAUAGGCAACCGUGUUUUUCCAGUGGGCUAUGAAGGUUUGCACCUUGUUUGCUUUGCUUGUGGUAGGUAUGGUCACCGCCGUGAUUCAUGUCCUACCCUUGCUCCUGCUUCGACUAGUACUAUUAAUCAGAGUACUCAGAUUCAUACAACAAUGGCAAACACCACAGUUCAGCAUAAAGUGGCGAUGGAAGGGGAGGCUUUUGGUUCUUGGAUGCUUGUCCAGCGUAACUAG